GCAGACGAACCUCAACAGAGAGAGAGAAGAGAUAGAGAGAUGGCGGCGGCGGUAGCUCCAGUCUCAUCUUCGUCUUGGUUUCCCCAAGACGACCUUCUUUUAAAGAACGCCAUAGAGGCUGGUGCUUCACUGGAGUCCCUGGCUAAAGGUGCAGUCGAGUUUUCGAGAAGAUUUACAUUUGAGGAACUGAAAAAUCGUUGGUAUAACCUCCUAUAUGAUCCUAUAGUUUCUCUUGAUGCAGCUUCUCAAAUGACUAUGUUUGAGAAUUCUUCACCUGUUGGUGGAUUGAAAGCCAGCAACGGUGCUAAGCGAAAGUCUGAAAGUGUGCGUAACUGUUAUUAUGCAAUGCGUAAAAGAAUCCGUCAUGAUCCAUUUACAACAGGGGAUUCGGGUGAUUAUGUUAUUUCGCCUAUUAAUAGUAAUGGCUGUCUCGGAUACAGUGACGAUGCAUUUGGUGCAGAUGACUUUGGACUAGAUGACUCCAAUUGUGAAUUGAUUCAGUCUUUCUUAGAACCUGGCUUGUUAAAUUCCUCCCCGGUUGAAGAUGUCUAUGUUCAUCGAGAUACCAUUGAAGAACAAAUUCCUCAUAUUAGGGGAGAUAACACUUGUUUUGAUAGGAUUCAUUAUUCGACUAAUGUUGAAUUCAGUCAACCUAAAGUGAUUCCAAUUAUUGAUCCUUUUGAAACAUUUGAUCCAGACGAUAUUGUUGAUGAUCCUAUUUUUGGAGUAAAUUCUGAAAUUUCGGAGGGUUUGCAUUAUUGUUCAACAUUGCCAGAACAGCAAUAUUUCAGUUCGUUGCCUGAAAUGGAUCUACAGGAGGGUGGUGAACUGAGAAAUCAAGUUGCAUUUGGAUUUCCUGAUUGUGCAAAUUCUUCUGAAUUGCAUAUACCAUCAUCUCCGAUCAACAAUGUUAUCCUGAAGGAGUUGUCCAAUUCACUGAUGAAUCCCUCGAGUGAAGAUGACCUCUUUUUAAUGGAUAUUGAUGGGAAAGACACCAUUGAAAAAGAAUAUAUCGACAGGCUCAGCUCACUUCUCUUCAAUACACCUAACGAAAAUGUACCCAACUCUGAAACAAUUGAGGCUGCUUCGGAAAUCCAUCAAUCACUUGCUUCUGGAUGGGAAUCCAGUUUAAUAAGCUCUCUGAUAAUCCCUGCCGAUGCUCAAUCUCCUCCUGAUGAACUCCGUGAAGGAACAGUCUUGUGUGUGCUGAACACAGAAGACACUGAGGUUCCAUGUAACGAUGAUGUUUUUCUAUUGUAUCAAAUGACACCGCCAGCCUUUUCCUAUUCUCUAGAGAUGGAACGAAAUGAAUCUCGUAACCCAGGUCCCUCUAUCUUUAAUGAUUUUCAAGCUCGUGAAGAAAAUGUAGAAAGGAUGGUUCCUCAGAUGGUGAAUUCGCCAUCGAAAUCAUCAGGAGAAAAUAAAGAUGCUAUAAUUGAGAUCCCUCAAGCAGAGAAACCUGCUGAAGUUGUUGACGACAUAGUAAUAAUAAAUAACAAUCAUGAAGAUGUUUUUACAGCUAUAGUUCAUGAAACUGACCAAACACAACAUCCACAACCUCCUGCACAAGGUUUGCCGGUGAAUCAAUUGGAAGUGAACGAUGAAGAGAUUCCUUUGGAGAGCGAUGAUGAAAUUCCUGAUUUCUCAGACAUUGAAGAAAUGAUACUUAAUAUGGAUCUCAGUCCAGAAGAUAAAGACUCUCAUCCUGUUCUUGGAUAUCAAGAUGAUGACGAUGAUUCAAGUAAAAGGGAUGUUAUGAGGCUAGAGCAGGCAGCAAUGUCGUAUAUGCACAGAGCCAUUGCUUAUAAGGAUGCUCUUGCUGUUCUCUAUGGUCGCCACAUCAAAUACUUUAUCAGGAAACGCGAGGUUUUGCUAGGGAGAACAACGACUGAUCACUGUAGGGUGGAUAUUGAUCUGAGUAAAGAAGGCAAGGCCUCGAAAAUUUCUCGAAGACAGGCAAUCAUAAGGAUGGAUGAGGAUGGUUCUUUCACCAUGAAGAAUCUUGGAAAUGGGCAAGUUUUUGUAAAUGGGAAACAGGUAGCACCUAAGCAAACGGCGAAUCUUCCUUCAAACUGUUUGAUUGAUGUAAGAGGGAUGAGCUUUAUCUUUGAGACAAUUGAUAGGGUUCGACAAAGAAGCGGGAAUUGUUAGGGUUUUGGGUUUUGAGACUGACUGAGGUUUGGAUUUUAUUGAUUCUUUCUUUCUUACUUCUUCUCUUGGUCUAGUUUUUAGUUCAUGUUGUAAAAAAAAUAUAGGGGAAAAGGCUAACUAACUGUUGUGCUUAAAACAGCUUUUUCAAAGAUCAUAUCAUAUGCAAAAGAUACAAUUGUACAAGCUGUUUUAUUGUUCUCUCUUUAUAUGUUUUUACAAUUAAAUGUGACAAUUUUGAGA